UUCGAUGAUUCUCAAUGGAAGAUCGGGGCGUUUUUGACCAAAUCUUUUGCAAAUAAAAAAAAAUUCCGUUCAAGAAAGAAGAAGAUCAAUUUUGGGUUGAACCAACAACCUGAUUGUGUGGUUAUUUUGAAUGCAGAUAGAAAGUCUUCGGUCAUACUGGAAGCUGAUCGAUCACAAAUACCUAUUCCAUCCUUAGUUGAUUCUAUGAUCCCAUGGGAAUCCUAUAAAAGAAUCACUUAUCCCAUCCCAGCGAAUGAUCCUAUACAGUUCGUAUAUCUAUUUCGUCAUUCGAUCAUGAAAACAGUGAUUCUUGAACAGAAUGCGAUUAGUAGAGAAGCGCAAUCUCUCAGAGUCACUUUGAGUACGGGGAAGUCCGCAGGAGGGAUGAGAUCCGCCUGCUACUCCACCUCUUCUUCUUCCCCAAUAGACGAAGAAGAAAAUAGGGCCAAGGCGCUAUUGGAGAUGCGCAAAAAAUAUCCAUCGGGAGAUGGCGCUGACGCUGACGCUAACGCUCGCAAGGCGGUUUUGCAGGCAAUUUCUAAAAAUACUUUUUUUUUCGUUGAGCUCAUAACCCGGUUUGGGCCGAUUGACUCUGAGAGCGAUCGAGGGGUCGCGGGCUCACACCUUGCUUUUGCGCAUAGGAUCGAAGAGAUCCUAGAAUUUAAUGGAAAGAGUAGCGGCUCUCUGAAAGACCUCAUUGAUCUUAAAUUGGAUUUGGAAGACACCUCUAAAAGAGAGGAGAUUCUACUUCCAUAUUUUUCCUCAAAAAAAGAGGCAAAGUCCUAGCGUGAUACAAAAAGAAAUAAUGGGCAAGGGCGGGGAAUGAUAGGUUCAUAGAUGUGGAGUAAUCAGUUCUUCAUUUGAAGAGUUAGUUGGCUGGCCUACCGGCCCGCAGAUGUAGAGAGGUUGCCCCCACCAUCCUCUUGAACUGCGAAAUCAAA